AUGAUGACUGAAAAGAAAGCAAAGAGAUCUAGGCACACACAAAACAUGCUUGGUCUUGAGUAGACUUCUUAACCUCAAAAUAACCUUGCAUGCAUAAUAGUACUAUCAUAAGAAGAAGACACGGAAAGAAAAGUAUUGGGAAGUAAAUAAUUACAAACUGUGGUAAAACGCGUUUCUAAAUCAAAUUCAAGAUUAAAAGUUUAUGCGUAUCUAAACAUUUUAUUUUGUAAAAAUAUACACGUUGGUGUCCAAUAAAAAAUGAAAAAUGGCUAAAUGGUUUAAUUCAAUUUUUUAGAGUAUAGGCGCAAUAAAAAUAGAAAAUUAUUAGUAAAAUCUGUGAAUAGCUACCAAGAAUGAUUGAAAUUUGUAGAUGAAUAAGUUAGUUUAAUUCAUAUUUCUAACAAAAAAGUAUGCUCGAUUCAUGACAUUUAAAAUUGCUCAAACUUUAUUAAUACUUAAGAAAUAGAGGGAAAAUAUAAAGAUCAAAAACUUCGUCCAUUACACUGAUUGUUCAUCAGGAAAGUAAAUCUUUUCAAUAAAAACACCCUAAAAGGUUCUGAUAAAGCAGCAUUUAUAUUACUAUUUCAUGGAUAAAAGCAAAAAUCCGUGGAUCUUGGCAAUCAGUCUUAUGAUCGACAUCAAUGCUCACAAACAUCGCAGGAGAACAAAGAUAGCAAAAAUUCAAUACAGUCAAAUGCUUUUGCUCGGUAAUUGUCAAUAAAAAGCGUGACUAAAAGAUUCAACUUCGGUAAUGCAUAAAAGCACCCACAAAGGUCAAGUAUAAUCACUAUCGAAUUGAGUUCGCAUUAACGGCAUGCAAAAUACUAGGCAUAAAAAUGAUUAUAGGUAAUAAGUGGCCCUUAAUUGAACCUCACACAAUUAUAAAAAAUAUAGGUUAAUGAUCAAUAUUUAAAAAAUCAUUCAUUAUAUGGCUUCCAAAGUGAUUUAACUUACAAAACCAACAUCGGCAGUAAUUAUUUCGUGUUCUUUAAUUGCUACUAUAAGAAAAAAUGAGUACUUAUAAAUUACAAUAACAGCAGAUAACAACCACAAAUUUCACAAAAAAAUAAUUUUUAUAGAUUUUAAGAAAAUAUGGCAACAUACGUUCUUUUGUUAAAUCACCUACCGCCUGCAAGUCUUGUGGAGUAGCCUUUCUUGUAACGAGAGACAUAUCAUGAUCUACAUUUCUGAUAACAUGAUAGACAUAUUCGUGUGACAUAUUAUAACAAGGAAUCUUAUUAAUGGUUACAAUUACAUCAUUAAGAGCAACUCCAGCUUUUUCAGCUGGAGUAUCAUUGUAUACAGCAGUAAUAAAGGUUUGGCUGUCAACGGUUGUUAUUUUAAAACCCCAUGCAUCACUAG